AGAGAGAGAGAGAGAGAGAGAGAAUGUUAUGCAACUAGUUAUGCAACUGUGACCUACUAACAUAUAUUUCCAGCACAGCGAGGGAGGGAGGACAUGAGUGCGCCUCAACAACACAACACGAGGAACCAAAAUACGCGUACCACUGAACGCGUGCCCGCAUACGAGCAGAGCGCUGAACGAGAAUCGUGACACUUUGCAUGUCUUAGCAGUUUUUGCCUAUCCGACCCCGGCUAUACAUUGCACAGCGUCUGUGUUGUCGCGAUUCGUUUUGGAUACGUGUGUAAAUCAUCAGAGCCUUCUAGCACAUAGCCAUCUGGAGGCUCAGAUAGAGGUUGCACCCCUCCCCACUGUCUGACAAGCUGAGACAGACUGAGUGACCUACAUCCUGCAAUACGCCUCGAGCACUGGAUUCUGACUGCCAGCUUAUUAACAUAGCCUUUUUUGAAUAGCGAGUGGAAAAAAACCCUGAAAUUACACAAAAAAGGACAGGUCACAGUGGCCCUGAGGCGAAUAGUUACACAUUCUUGAGACUUCAAGAAUUUCCUACGUUUUCUGCCCUGUUUACCAUAUUGGCUAUUGGAGUGGCUACUUUGGGAGUGCAUUAGAUGAUCAACACUAGUUAAAUGCAGGAAAGUGUCACAGAGGCUCAACUAUUUUUGAUCUUUUUAGCCAAUCUGGGCACUUAACAAUUAUUAUUAUUAUUAUUAUUAUUAUUAUUAUUAUUAUAGGAACUUCAGCAAAAUCAAUGAGUUUGACCCCAACUGCAGCUAAAAUACCUCAUAAAAUAUUUGCUGAUCCGGCUACUUAGUCCAACAUUCAAGACUACUAAAAGGAGGGAGACCUUGCAGCCAUUUUGAUAACCACCUUUCCCCUCCACCCCAUCCCUUAUAUUCCCAUCAUUUACCAUUUUUGUGGUAGCAAGAAGAUUCCAAACUGGAUAUCUUUAAAAAAUAAUGGAAAGCUUAAACUCACCUAGCCCAGCAAAUUCCAGUGUAGAGAAUAAAGAAACUUUCUCAGGCUAUAACAACUCUCUUCCUUCACCCAAGAACAACCCUCGUUCUGUCCGCCUUUUAAAAGCCAAGCCAAACAUGACCUGCCGGCGCAAGCGUGAGUUUAUCUCUGAUGAGAAGAAAGAUGCCUCCUACUGGGAGAAACGGCGCAAAAACAACGAAGCAGCUAAGCGCUCCCGCGAAAAACGGAGACUCAAUGACAUGGUUUUGGAGAACAGAGUUAUUGCACUGAAUGAUGAGAAUGUACGCCUAAAAACUGAACUUCUGCAGCUGAAACUCAGAUUUGGCCUCAUCAGUGCAGCCUCCUACAUGGAGAAGAGCCAGCAAAUUGGAGGGGCAAUGAAUGGAACUUCUACAUGUUCUUCUUCUUCUUCUAGUCAUUUCUACCCUAAUGGCUAUUCCAGUGGCUCCCAAGUGAUGAACUCUGAUUCUUCAGAGGCCGAGCAGUCUGUCCGGGGUGAGGGACUUUCCCAGUUAGUUAAGUACUCUCCUCGAGGUUCCCUGUCAGAUAUGUCUGAUGGUUCUUCCCGCGACAGUCCAGAGCCGAUGAACUAUGACAUAAAGCAGGAAGGGCCAGGUUUAGAUUUGGACAUUGCAAACAGCACGACCACACCAAUUAUGUUUAACAUCCGUCGUGAGUUGUCCACUCCACAUCACCAACACACCUUUCAAUCAGAAUAUCACAGCCACCAUCAACAGCGACAACACCAAGAGACUGUAGUCAAUUCUGCGGCACCUCCUGUGCAGACUGCUCAAAGAAGCGUCAUUCUGUAUCGCUCUAGCAGUGUCUCAUAUCCUGUCGAAAGUUCAAGACCUCAGGAAAUCACUCAACAGAAACUGCCACAGAUCCUAAUCCAACCUUCAGAGGGAUCUACUAAAAGCACUGAAAGCCUAUCAGAGGCAACCAGUCAGCAUGAAAGUAAGACUUUAGAAACUCUGCCUUAUGAAUUCUCAGAUGGAGAAGCAGCAAUGAAACAAGCAUACAGGGCCCAACAUCAGCAGCAUGUGGCUGGUUGUCAGAAGGCUGAGACUAUGGCACCAGACCUUUGCAGACAAGGAGGUGAAGAGCUAUACCAAUAUGACAACCAGCCGGAUGAGGAGCCUCCAGUAUUGAGUUACGAAGGAGGUCCCAGGAAAGAAGGAUACUAUCAGGGUCACUCAGGAAAGGACACCUGCUUAAGUGAAGGUGAUCCCCGCAAUUCUGACAAAGAUGCAUCCACUGAUGAUGAGUGCCCAUCUUCAUUCUGUUCUGAAACUGGCAGUUAUCACCAGCAAUCCCCUUUGGCUGGAGGACCAAAUUCCUCCCCACAAAGCCAAAGCAGAGACAGUCAAGCAGAGGUCAAAGGUACAGCACUACCGCACAAACUACGCCUUAAGCACAGAUCCCUGAGUAAUGCUGGGUCAGCAACUCAAGAAUCACCAACUACACCACCAGCACAUGUGCAUCCAUUACCUCAGCAUCCUUACCUGGCUUUGCCACAGUCCAAUCAGCAACUUCAGGUUGGUUGAGAAAGUGAGAGCCAGGGGUUAAGGGCCAACAAACCCUAGAGUUCUGCAAGCAGGUCACUUCAACAGGGGAAAGACGGAUGGAUUAUGGAAAGAAAAUCAUGGUGUAUGCAAUAGAAUGAGUAUGAGGGAAGACUAAGAAUAAAGGACACUAUUGGACCCACUGUGGUAGUAUGCUAACAGACAUAUCCUUAAUCUCUUCCCACCUGGAAUUGGUAUGCUUUGGGAGCAGAGACUUAGACAUAGAAAUGUUGGCUUCAAAAGCAGACAUAGCUUCUGGGUAAACUGUAUUAUACUGUAAAGACUGCUUUGUUUCUGUAUCUCAUCCCAUAAUUACAAAAGCACUUGUGCAGCAAAUGAGAGGAGUGAACGAACUAUUCACAUUUUCCCAAUCACAAUUUGUCAUAACAUGAUGUCAAGGUAACAGCAAACAUGGCAAUAGCAACCACAUGUGAGGCAUUCUAACCUACUCACUAACUGUAAAUACCUACUGGUUUGUGUCCAUUUUCAUACCAAAUCAGAGGUUGCUGUUUACCACAAAACAUAUCAAAACAUCUGAGCAUUCUGGGAUUAUUCCCUUGACCAAAGAAAGACAAUAGCUUUACAUUUCAUACCUCUGCCAUAUAUCUAUUUCAUUUUUCCAAUUCCUAUUCCUAACAACAUAUUCACAAUCCCAGACACCACUUUCUCGUUCAAGCACUUGGUUUGUAUAUUACUGUGAUAUAAUUAUUAUAUAUAAAUAUAUAUUUUAAGAAUAAAAUCCAGUUUUGUUUUGGGGUUUUCUUUUUGGAAAAAUUAAAAAAAAAAAUACAAGGGCAAAAAGGAUUUUGAUGACUCACUAAUUUGUCAAAAAUACUGUAUAGUAUCAUUGUGUUUACUGUUCAGGUGUCAUUUAACUACCCUUUUUUACUGUUUAAUUGUUAUUUGAAAAGUUCUCAGUAAAGCAAAUCAAAAUGCCCCAAAUUGUUUAAACAAAAAUCAAAGCUGAGGUAUGUGGAAUGUCAUAAAUAAAUAAAAAAAUAGUUGAAUUACAACAAUUACAUGACUGGAAAUAAAUCAAUUGUAACCAACAAAAAUGUUUCAAAAGGUCCAACCUCUUAUAAAUAAAUAGGUAACUGAGUUAGAUCAGUUUUAAAAAGCUGCUGUUUGCAGCCAUGAUUUUAUGUUCUGCCCUUCAACCUUUACUUAAGCCAUUCAGCUCACAGACGCUCACAGAAUCUCUAAGUCUGUUAUAGACACAGCCCUAAAUAUUUCCAUGUACAUGUCAGAGUCGAUAAUCGUACAGGAACAAUCUAACUUAUUUUAAUGAUAUUUUUAAUGACAAUUUUUUAAAUGUGCCUCAUUUAGACACACUGUCUUUUGUUUUUCAUUUUUAAGUCAAGUCUAAAUGUCAUGUCUGGCAUACAGCACUUAUUAAUGUAUAAAUGUAAAGUUUCUUCUACCCUGAAUGACACUGUAUUCUGUGCUUUUUUUUUAAUUAUGUGUGAUUUUUGAGAAACGUGUUGUCCUGUUUUCAUGUAUUUAAACUGCCCUCCAUCAUCUUCACCCCUUCCCCCCCUUUCAAAGCCUUUUCCCUCAUUCAAUCUAUGUGUAUUAAAUUCAGUGAUCUUUGUGUUUUCUGUUCAUAAUUUCAUGAAAAAGAAACAAAGGUUCAACAAGACUUGUGUUAUGGAGUGACAUUGUUGUCACACUUUCUGUUUUGAAAUGGAUUCACGAUGUUACAACACUAAUAUCCGUCAAAAAGUCAAUGGGUGCAUUUGAAAAAGUGAAAGAAAAAGAACACAAUAAAAAGAUGUUGCUUUUA